GCCCCCGUUACGAGCGGCGUUAACAUCUCGGAAGACGGAACGAGGGUUCUUAUCGGCCUCCCCCAAAAACGCAUAUCGUCACCAAUUUCCCUUCCCAAACCGACAUCGCGGAAUCCCCCGAUCUCUUCGUUUUGAAUCGGAAGACGCGACAACCCGGCACGCUGCUCUGAUCCACGCGCCGUGGCGUUACGCUACGCGCACCGUAUCGCCCGAUUCGCGGAUUCGGUCGCGGCGCGAUCGCCUGGGCACGACGCCGUUGCCGACGCCGGUGAAGGAGCUGGAUCGACACCUCCUUGAUUCGGAGGAAGAAACAGGAAAUCAAAGAGGAAGUAGAGCACGAAAGACUUCAUCACGGUAGAGAUUGCAGCUUCAUUUCUGUAAAUAUAUCAUAAUGCCUCGUCCUCCAGACAUUGGUUGGCAAUAUGGUACCAUGAUAGGAGGCCAUAGGCAUCAUGUCAAGUGCAACUAUUGCCACAGGAUCAUGAUUGGAGGUAUUACACGUUUCAAGAAGCACUUGGCAAGCAAAAAGGGGGAGAUCAAGGGUUGUGAGGCUGUUCCCAAAGAAGUGAGGGAGAUCAUAGCCCAUCACCUGGCCACAAGGAAACCAAGGAGGCCGAACAAAAGAAGGCGAAAGACAGACGAGGGAACAUCAGGGGUGCCAACUUCUACUAAUUAUAGUGUGGAAUCCGAUGCAUCCGAUCCUGACAUGAUAGAUGCUAGACAUGAAUUACUGACCUUCAAUGAUGUGGAAAUUCAUUCUCAAAAAAUGAUGGAUCAACAAUUCGAGGUUGAAACAAGGGGUUUCUUUGAUACUUUUGGAAAUAAUCAAUACAAGGAGCAAGAUUUUCCUUCUAGAGCUACAGAUCUUGGAUGGGCUCAUGGUUUAAUGGUGAAUGGUGAUCGGCAAAAAAUACAGUGCAAAUACUGCCACAAGGUAAUCUUAGGUGGUGGAAUUUCACGCCUCAAGCAACAUCUAGCAGGAGAAAGAGGCAAUAUUGCACCAUGUGACCAAGUACCUGAUGAUGUCAAAGCACAAAUGCAACAACAUCUGAGCUUUAAGGGUUUGGAGCAAACUGCAGAAGAGUAUAAUGGUGAUGAUCCUAAUGUGACCUCAACUUCUUCGAUAGUUGCGUCUCACAGAAGAAGAGGGAAGGAUGUUAACGAGGGAAAUUCCAAUAAAAGAAAGAAAGUGGAGAUGUUGCAUAUGACACAAGGUUCAACACUACCUCAGCCUAUGAUUCCUGUGUCUUUUGCUUCACAGGAAAACAUAGACCAAGCUGAUAUGGCAGUUGCAAAAUUCAUGUUUGAGGCUGGCAUACCGUUGACUGCAGUAAAUUCUAUGUACUUCCAAAAGAUGGCUGAUGCUAUUGCUGUAGUAGGGCCUGGAUAUAAAAUUCCCUCCUGUCAUUCUCUUAGAAUCAAACUAUUAGGUAAAUGUACUAAUGAAGUAGGAGAAUUUUGCAAAGAGCUUCGCAAGUCAUGGGAAGUCACAGGCUGUACAGUGAUGGUUGACAGGUUCAUUGAUACGAUUGGCAGAACCAUAAUUAAUUUCUUUAUCUAUUGUCCCAAGGGGAUUAUGUUUCUCAAGUCAGUAGAUGUAUCUCAAAUUGAGACUACCUUGGAUGGACUUGUCAAUUUAUUUGAGAGUAUUGUUCAAGAUGUAGGUGCUGGAAAUAUUGUGCAGUUCUUAUCAGAUGGUGCAUCUUGGUAUAAAGCUGCAGGGAAGGUAUUAACAGAAAAAUACAGAACCUUCUUUUGGAGCGCAUGCGCAAACCAGUGCAUCAAGCUAAUGCUUAAACAGUUAAGUGAAAUGGGUGAAGUGAAUGUGAUAAUGGCAAAGGCAAAGAAGAUCUCCCAGUUUAUUUAUAACGACGAGUCGCUUCUUACUUUGCUGAAGAAGAUAACAAAUGGCAGAGACAUCAUUCAACCUUCUGUGACACAGUCAGUUACAGAUUUUCUGACUUUACAAAACAUUUUCGCAGUCAAGGACUCUAUUCAGCAGAUGUUCACUUGCAAUGCUUGGGAGGAAUCAUUGUUAUCUAAGCAGAGACUAGGAAUGGAUGUCAAGGACAUAGUAUUCGAUUUGCAAUUCUGGUACUCAUGUGGAAGAAUCUUGAAGGUUUCUGAACCACUUAUUAGAGUUCUUCACAUUGCAGAAAGUGGAGAAAGACCACCUAUGGGAUAUAUAUUUGAUGCAUUUGAAAAGGCAAAGCAAGAUAUCAUUCUGGCAUUUGAGAACCAAGAAUCUGAUUACUUCCCGUAUUUGGAAGUCAUAAAUCAUCUGAGAGAAGAAUUCCACAGCCCACUGCAUUCUGCUGCUUGCUAUCUCAAUCCCUCUGUUUUCUAUAGCUCCAGAUUUUCAAUCACAAAUGUUGUUCAAAAAGGUUUGCUUGAUUGCAUUGAGACUCUAGAACCUGAUCUAACGGCACAAGACAAUAUCACGAAGCAUAAAUCCUUUUAUGAAGAUGCCAUUGGGGACUUUAGCCGUCCAAUGGCUUUAAGGGGUCGUGAAUCACUAUCACCAGCUACAUGGUGGUCUAUGUAUGCAUCUGAUUACCCGGAUCUCCAGCGAUUUGCUGUUAGGAUCCUGAGCCAAACAUGCAGCAUGACCACAUUCAGAAGGCGCAGCUAUGCAAAUCAAUGUAUUUAUUUGAGUAAGAAUAGAAUAGAGCACUCAAGGUCAAAUGAUCUUAGCUUCGUCCACCAUAACUUGCACCUUCAACAAAGGCAAACAGUAGCAGCCGACAACAAGGGCCUUGUAGAUGGUGAAUAUGACCAGAUAAGCAUAUCUGACUACGAUGCCGGAGAUUGGAUUGAUGAUCCUGGAAUGGUCGAGGCAGAAGGCUUCAACUUGUUAGAUGUUCCACCUGAUGGAUCCUUUGCUGUGAUCGAUAAAGUGGUCAGUGCGAGUGUCAUUAACGCUGUUAAUGAUGGCUGAGUAUAUAUUGAUACAUAUCAACCAUCACAAUCCUGAAAAUGAUCCUGGCACCAAAAGAUACUAUCCAAACAUCAUUGAUCGGGCACUGCAAUAUAUAGAGGCUUAUUUUGCCAACCUUGUUGAAAGUGUUGGUUUAUACAGUGUAUCGGGUGAAUUCCCUAUCGGAGAAAGGUUGUCUUUUCUUAGUGUUGUAGAUUACCUAGGAUUUUGAAAUGUUGUGGCAUCCUGAGUGUGGAUAGAUUGAAGGUGUAAUUUUUGUUAUGAUCAGUUCUUUGAAUGGUUCUGUUAUUUCCUGAUGCUAAGUGCUUCAAUGUCCUCUCGUAGAUUGUUCUUUUUGAGCA